CUGAACGUGGCCGUCAAGUGCCUGAAGACGGAGGUGCUGAACCAGCCGGAGGCCCUGGACGACUUCAUCCGCGAGGUCAACGCCAUGCAUUCCCUCGACCACGCCAACCUCAUCCGCCUCUACGGGGUGGUCCUCUCCAACCCCAUGAAGAUGGUGACCGAACUGGCCCCACUGGGCUCCCUGCUGGACCGCCUGCGGAAGAACCUGAGCCACUUCCUGAUCGCCACCCUCUGCCACUAUGCCAUCCAGAUCGCCCGCGGGAUGGCCUACUUGGAGUCCAAGCGCUUCAUCCACCGCGAUCUGGCCGCCCGCAACAUCCUGCUGGCGGCCAACGACCUGGUCAAGAUCGGCGACUUCGGCCUCAUGCGGGCCCUGCCCAAAAACAACGACCACUACAUUAUGCAGGAGCACCGCAAGGUCCCUUUCGCCUGGUGCGCCCCGGAAAGUCUGAAGACGCGCACCUUCUCCCACGCCAGCGACACCUGGAUGUUCGGAGUGACUCUCUGGGAAAUGUUCACCUACGGGCAGGAACCAUGGGUUGGCCUUAACGGCAGCCAGAUCCUGCACAAGAUCGAUAAGGAAGGCGAGCAACUCGCCCGACCCGAAGAUUGUCCGCAGGAUAUUUACAACGUCAUGUUGCAGUGUUGGGCGCACAAACCGGAAGAUCGGCCCACCUUUGUGGCUCUGCGGGAUUUCCUCCUGGAGGCUCAACCCACAGAUAUGAGGGCUCUGCAGGAUUUCGAAGAACCGGACAAACUUUUGAUCCAGAUGAACGAUAUAAUUACAGUCAUCGAAGGAAGGGCGGAGAACUACUGGUGGCGCGGCCAGAAUAAGCGGACGUUGAAGGUGGGGCAAUUCCCACGCAACACGGUGACCUCCGUGGCGGGAUUGUCUGCGCACGACAUUAGCCAGCCGCUGAAGAACAGCUUCAUCCACACGGGCCAUGGGGACACCAACCCACAGCAAAGCUGGGGCUUCCCCGAUAAGAUUGAUGA